CGGGAUGGCCUCUCUCAGGUUUCUCUCUGGCAACACACGAAAAAGGCCGGGAGCCGGGAUGGCCAGUGGCCUCUCUCAGCACUCUCAGGUUUCUCUCUGGUAGAGGUUAGAGAUAGAGGUAGAUCUGUUUGACAUAACUGUCGUCAAGAGUACACAGAUUCAAUUUUAAAUUAUCUGCAUAGCCCUGCGCGAAAUUUACGCGCUAUGUGAAGCUUGCGAAUUGUUUCGAAACGACCCGGGACAUUCGUUGCUCGAGGAAAAGUUACACUGGCAUCUCGAGCGGCGCGAAGAGAGGUUAGAUUUAUCCGCGGCUCGCGGAUAAUUAUAUAGGAUAUAAACAUGUCAGACAAGGAGACGACCGAUCAGGAGAUCCAGGUAAUAUCCGAGAGACUCCAGAGCGUCACGACCAUCGAAUCGGCGUGCAACAAUGCCCAAUCACAGCAGCAGCAGCAGCGGCAGCAGCAGCAGCAGGCGAAGAGCUCGCGAAAGAACAAUAAUAACGAUGCGGCGCGUCAGCCUGUGGACAGCAAAAAAGCUGGAGUCGCCGCCACCACGACUCCCGCGGACGAUUAUGCCCGCGUGAGGAACGUGCCCGAACUCAAUCUACCCGAGAAGAUUCUGCUCGUCAUCGACACGGUGAGGGAGCAGCAAUGUACGCCCUUCAAGCUGGGAACGGGCGCGACGUAUCUACCGUUGUUCAUGAUAAAACGCGUGGUGGAGAACUUUGUUAGCGCCAAGUCCACCAUACAGCCUGGGAUACACGAAUACGCAUUGAUGAGCCUGAACUCGCGCGGCGCUUGCUGGCUCUGCGACUACACCAGCAAUACAAAGACCGUCCUUAACCACUUGGAGAGCAUCACGGAGGAUGUGCCGGACGAGGAGCAGAAGACCUACGACCUGGGGCCGCUGUUCGAGGUGAUACACGCGCGGAUUGCGACGCCGGUGAGGAAUCAACCGACCUUCACCUCGCGCGUCAUCCUGAUAUAUGGACGAUCAAAUUCCGUCCCGAAGUUCCACACCGGGCAGAAGUAUCUGGAGAAUCUGACGGAGAAUCCGUACUUCUUCUUGGACGUGCUGUUCGCCCACGAACCGCCCAGCGACGACAACAUGUGCGAGGCGGUGUACGCCGAAAUCGCGGCUCUAGACACAACGAGUUUCUCUUAUAUCUUCGAGGUAGGCAGAAACGCUGCUAAGAUACACGACAAUAUGGCAAAACUCCUGGCGCAUCCCCUCCAGCGCCCGCCGCAGAAAGACACUUCGUAUACUCUUUUCUCAAUGACUGCCAAUCAGGAAGUGCAUACUAAUGUGUAGUGACAGGUAACUUAUUGUAUUUUCAUGGAAAAAGUUGACGUAUUCUCCGUCGUAUAUCAGAUUUACUUUAUUAAUACGAUAUAAUUCGAAGGCAUUAUGGUAUUUGCUCGUACCAGUAACAUCUUUUAAACGAUUUUAUUUGUGUUUAUUGCAAAAGAUAUAGCGAGAAAGAGGUAGUUGUAUAUUAUAUAUAUUGUUGUCAAACAACUGUCAUCAAAUAAAUCAUUUUUAUAUAGA